UUCAAAGGCUCCACCAUUAAUUUGCUUUAGAAAUGGUCCUAGCAAACCUUGUAAAAGUUGUUUUGGGUACAAUAGCCUUUUCUGUGUUUUGGGUCCUUGAAGUUUUCCCUGCUGUUCCCUUUCUUCCUAUCGGUCGGACAGCUGGGUCCCUCUUAGGAGCCAUGCUAAUGGUUGUUUUUGGAGUUAUAACACCAGCCGAGGCGUAUUCAGCUAUUGAUCUCCCAAUCCUUGGUUUUCUCUUUGGAACAAUGGUACUUAGUAUAUAUCUCGAGAGGGCCGACAUGUUGAAAUACUUGGGGAAAUUGCUUUCUUGGAAGAGUAAAGGAGGUAGAGACCUUCUCCUUAGAAUUUGUUUGGUUUCUACUAUAUUCAGUGCCUUGUUCACCAAUGACACAUGCUGUGUAGUUUUAACUGAAUUUGUAUUGAAGAUAGCCCGACAAAAUAAUCUACCCCCUCAACCAUAUCUCCUUGCAUUGGCCUCUAGUGCAAAUAUUGGGUCAUCAACAACUGCCAUUGGGAACCCUCAAAACUUGGUCAUAGCGGUUCAGAGCAGCAUAUCUUUUGGUGAUUUCUUUAAAGGGAUAAUCCCUGCCAUGCUCAUUGGAAUUGUUGUUAAUAGCCUCAUUCUUUUGGUUAUGUUUUGGAAGAUUUUAUCAAUCGAAAUGGAUGAAGAAGGAACAAUUUCAGAAGUUAUAACUGAGGAAGAAGUGAAGUAUCAUCGAUUUUCACCAGCUACCGUGUCACAUAUAACAUCUUCAACUUCUCAAGAUUUUGAUAGGCUGUUGGAGGGUCCCUCUCUUAAUACUGAAUUGGGUAUGGCUGAAAAUUUGAGGGAUCAAAUGGGUGUUAGUGAUCCUGAGAGCAUGACUAGUAGAAUGAUUGCUAGUGAGACUGAUAAUAUAUACGAAAUUCGGAGUAUAGUUGAGUCUGAAACCAUGGAUCAAGUGGGGCGUAUUCAAAGAGAAGAUAAAGGUUUGUCAAAAAUGUCUUCUUGGCCCUCGAGUGUGAUUAAUGGCUUGAGAGAAAUGUGCUCAGAUUAUUCCACUUCUGAUGAGAUGGAAGGUUUUCGAGAUAGAAGGAAGAAGGUCAUUUGGAAGGCUUGUGUUUAUCUUGUGACGAUUGGGAUGCUCGUGGCAUUGGUAAUGGGUACGAACAUGUCAUGGACUGCUAUCAGUGCUGCUGUAGUCCUUGUGGUUAUUGAUUUCAAAGAUGCUCGACCAUAUCUUGAGAAGGUUUCCUAUUCCCUUUUGGUGUUCUUUUGUGGCAUGUUCAUCACUGUUGAUGGGCUUGAAAAUACUGGAAUUCCCGGUGCUUUUUGGGAUGUCAUGGAGCCUCACUCAAGGAUAGAUAGCAUUGGUGGGGUCGCAGUUCUCACUGUAGUAAUUGUUUUGCUCUCGAACUUCAUUUCGAAUGUUCCCACAGUUCUCCUUCUCGGUUCUCGUGUGGCUGCAUCGGCGGCCUCAAUCUCUGGUGGGAGCGAAACACGCUCAUGGCUCAUCCUAGCGUGGGUGAGCACAGUGGCGGGGAACCUCACAUUGCUCGGAUCUGCCUCCAACUUGAUCGUCUGUGAGCAAGCUAGGCGCCCUCAGCUGUUUGGCUACACCCUCUCCUUUUGGAGCCACUUAAGAUUUGGGCUUCCCUCUACAAUUAUAGUUAUUGCUAUAGGGUUGCCUCUCAUAAAGGGGUGA